UUCAUCCAUUUCUGCACUCGGCCUAUUCAAACCGAAUAGAACAGAAAUGAAUAUCGUCCGAAAUGAUUUUAAAAUUAUGCCCCGGUCGAUGGUGUGCGAGGACAGCAACCUGCGCGGUGAUAUCACGAUCUCUUCCGGAUGUGUCAUCCAUCCGUGUUCGACGAUCAUAGCCGAAUCGGGACCAAUCGUGCUGGGUGAAAACUGUAUCGUCGAGGAGUAUGCAACAGUGCGUUACCGCAUACCGGAAGAUCAUCCGGAGCAUGGGCAGCUAACCGCGGAAGGGACAGGCAAGCCGCUAAUAAUCGGACCGGAUAAUGUGUUCGAGGUAGGUUGCACAGUUGAGGCCCUUUCGAUUGGCGAGCGGAAUGUGUUCGAAUGCAAGAGCUAUGUGUCGGCGGAUGUGACCGUUGGAAAUGGAUGCGUCAUUGGUGCCGGUUGUCGGCUGGUUGGCAAACAGACGCUGGUGGAUAAAACGAUUCUGUACGAGGGCCAAUGUAUGCAGCGAGAAGCGAUGGAUAAACAGAAAACGCAAAUGAUUCAGCUGGACUAUUUGCGAAAGAUAUUGCCAAACUAUCAUCAUCUCCGGAAGGCUAAUUAUGAUCCAAAGAAGGUGCGGGCACAAGUUUAAAGUUCGUUUGGGAAGAGAGCACACUUAGCAUGUAAAAGUCAUCCGUUCCGUUCCAUUCAGCUAUUGCUUCGUUUAUUGAUUUAGCAUCUUACUUAAUGCAAAUGUAUGUAAUUCAAUGUUGGAAAUACAAUUCUUAACACAAUAAAAUUUGUUUGUAAUCGAAGAUAAAGAAGA